AUCUAAAACAAAAACUAUUCCAGGGAGCUAAGCAGAAUUUACCCACCUUGCAACCCCACCCAUAUUUAAUGCUCCCCGACUCUUAAAAAAAUACUUCCAUGUCCUCUUACCAAACCCUCUCUCCUCUGACUGAAGACCAACCAGUCUGAUUGCCCUUCGUCUUCCCCAGCUCUCUCUCGCCCUUUUAAAACACCAAAACAGAGUAAAAAAACUCAAAAAAAAAAAAAAAAUUCAGAGCAAAGAGAGCUACUUCAAUGGCUAAAUUCCCUCAUUCUCUCCUCAUUAUCCUCCUCUUCCACCUCCACCCCUCAACCUCACUAAACCCAACAGAAACCCAGGCUCUGUUCGACAUCCGGAGCUCUCUCCGAGGCCUCCCGGGCUCAACAUUCUUCUCCUCUUGGGACUCCUCUCCCUCAGCCGACCCCUGCACUUCUUUCUCGGGCAUCAUCUGCUCUCCAGACCCCUCAGACUCCACUCUCAGGGUCACAGCCCUCACUCUCGGCACCGGGCUUGAGAAUUCCCCGGGCCUCGAAGGCCCGUUCCCCACCUCCAUCUCGAAUCUCACCUCCCUAACCGAACUGGUCAUCAACCCGGGCCGCAUUUCCGGCCCGAUACCGGAGUCCGUCGGGCUCCAGUGCCGCCGCCUCCGGCUUAUCUCGAUAUCCAACAAUCUCAUCUCCGGCCCAAUCCCGGCCUCGUUAGCGGGCCUUACCGAGCUCCACACUCUUGAUUUGAGCCAUAACCAGCUGACUGGCCCAGUUCCGGUUGCCCUGCUCACGGCGCUGCCCAGCCUGAAAGUUGCAGUCCUGGGAUAUAAUAACCUAUCUGGCGCACUGCCCGCCUCGAUGUCGAGGUCGUCGAUGCUCCACCUCGAUUUGGCCAGGAACUCGCUGUCGGGCUUCCUCCCUUCGCUGCUGCCGACGUCCCUCCGGUACCUCUCCGUGGGCUCCAAUUCGUUGUACGGGCCGGUAGGGGCCGCAUUUUCGGCCGGUCUACCGAACCUGACCUACAUUGAUCUGUCGAUGAACAAGUUCAGCGGGCAGGUCCCGACCGCAAUCUUCGCGCUGCCCGAACUGCUAACCAUCCUCUUGCACCGGAACAACUUCUCCGGUCCGCUAAUCCUGCCCGAAAGGGUACCGUCGUCAUGCUCACCGUCGACGACUGAGCCAAAUUCGAUAGAGCCGGCGCCGUGCCCGGCCUGGCCUCUGGCCUCAGAGCCUGUUCCUAAUAGCAACAGGUUCGUCGCUCGUGUCCGAGCGGAGUUGUGGCGAGAGGGUGUUCGACGGCAGCAUGAGCAGUUUACAGCGCAGCAUAAUUUUUCUGAAGCGCGGGUUCCCGAGAGAGGCGCGGGCCCGCCUGCCCGAGUCGGUUGGCGCUGUGUUUGGCGUACACUGCAUGGAUCUGCCGGAGGGCACAGUGACAAAUUAUGGGAUUGUGCUCCUGAGGUCUCACUCUCAGGACUCACAUGCUUUGGGAUGACUGCAGGCUUCAUUAAUCAUUUGUUGUCAAGGCUGGGAGCUGAUUAA